AUGGAUACUCCAGACUUUAUAAUCCCUGACGGCGACCCCGUCAGCGACGCUCCUAGCGAGAAUGUCCCAAAGACCAAGAAGCCUCGCCGUAGCCGCUACGACCCAGAGCCCGACUGGUCGGCCAUGGUGCGAGCCAAGGUCACGAAGUCCCAACAUCGUGUCGGCCAGGCCUGUGAUCGUUGCAAGCUCAAGAAGAUGAAGUGUACCCCGGAUGCUGCAGGUUGCGCCUGUUGCCUUAUCCUCAACAUCCCAUGCAAAGUCACUGAUCGUGUCACCGGCGAGACUUGGGUGCGUGGUGAGGCUGGACGAAUGCGAGCUCUUAUCGAGAAUCUCAAGAAGCAGACCGAGGACCUGAAGGAGCAGAUCACACAGCUUCAGCAGAAGAACACACAGCUACAGGGCUAUCUGAACGGUUCAUACAGAGACAGUCUCAUAGAUCCCUACGAGGUAUAUCUACAUUCUCCUCUCCUCUGA